GGGCAAACCGUACUCAGCUCCGAGCGGUCUAUGCAAGUGGGGCCAAAGAGCCACCCUGAGCAAAAAAAAGAGCAUUAUGUCACCGGAGGCCCAAGCCCAGAGAACAAAAGGACCUCAGAAGCCAUGUCAAAGCCCCAUAGUGAAGUGGGAUCUGCCUUCAUUCAGACCCAGCAGCUGCACGCAGCCAUGGCUGACACAUUCCUGGAGCACAUGUGUCGCCUGGACAUCGACUCGGCACCCAUCACGGCUCGGAACACUGGCAUCAUCUGUACCAUUGGCCCAGCUUCCCGGUCAGUGGAAACACUGAAGGAGAUGAUUAAGUCUGGAAUGAAUGUGGCUCGUCUGAACUUCUCUCAUGGAACUCAUGAGUAUCAUGCAGAGACCAUCAAGAACGUGCGCACAGCCACAGAAAGCUUUGCUUCUGACCCCAUUCUCUACCGGCCAGUUGCUGUGGCCCUGGACACCAAAGGACCAGAGAUCCGAACUGGGCUCAUCAAAGGCAGUGGCACUGCUGAGGUGGAGCUAAAGAAGGGAGCCACUCUCAAGAUCACUCUGGAUAAUGCAUACAUGGAAAAGUGUGAUGAGAAUAUCCUGUGGCUGGACUACAAGAACAUUUGCAAAGUCGUGGAAGUGGGCAGCAAGGUCUACGUGGAUGAUGGACUUAUUUCUCUGCUGGUGAAAGAGAAAGGUACUAACUUUCUGGUGACAGAGGUGGAAAAUGGUGGCUUAUUGGGCAGCAAGAAGGGUGUGAACCUUCCUGGAGCUGCUGUGGACCUGCCUGCAGUGUCGGAAAAGGACAUCCAGGAUCUGAAGUUCGGGGUAGAGCAGGAUGUAGAUAUGGUGUUUGCAUCUUUUAUUCGCAAGGCCGCCGAUGUCCAUGAAGUCAGGAAGGUCCUGGGAGAGAAAGGCAAAAACAUCAAGAUAAUCAGCAAAAUCGAGAAUCAUGAGGGUGUUAGAAGGUUUGAUGAGAUCUUGGAGGCCAGCGAUGGGAUCAUGGUGGCUCGUGGCGAUCUGGGCAUUGAGAUUCCUGCAGAGAAGGUCUUCCUAGCUCAGAAGAUGAUGAUUGGGCGGUGCAACCGAGCUGGGAAACCCGUCAUCUGUGCUACACAGAUGCUGGAGAGCAUGAUCAAGAAGCCCCGUCCCACCCGGGCUGAGGGCAGUGAUGUGGCCAAUGCAGUCCUGGAUGGAGCUGACUGCAUCAUGCUGUCCGGAGAAACAGCCAAAGGGGACUACCCACUGGAGGCUGUGCGCAUGCAGCACCUGAUAGCUCGUGAGGCUGAGGCAGCCAUGUUCCACCGCAAGCUGUUUGAAGAACUUGUGCGAGCCUCAAGUCACUCCACAGACCUCAUGGAAGCCAUGGCCAUGGGCAGCGUGCAGGCUUCUUAUAAGUGUUUAGCGGCAGCUUUGAUAGUUCUGACGGAGUCUGGCAGGUCUGCUCACCAGGUAGCCAGAUACCGUCCCCGUGCUCCCAUCAUUGCUGUGACCCGGAACCCCCAGACAGCUCGUCAGGCCCACCUCUACCGUGGCAUCUUCCCUGUGCUGUGCAAGGACCCAGUCCAGGCGGCCUGGGCUGAGGAUGUGGACCUUCGAGUGAACUUUGCCAUGAAUGUUGGCAAAGCCCGGGGCUUCUUUAAGACUGGAGAUGUGGUCAUCGUGCUGACUGGGUGGCGCCCUGGCUCUGGCUUCACCAACACCAUGCGUGUAGUGCCUGUGCCAUGAUGACCGUAGAGUCCUUCUUCCAGCCCCUGUCCCAUCCCCUCCCUACAACCCAUCCAUUA